CUGUCCCUGGCACUGUGCCGGGUCUGAGUCAUGCUGCUCGCUCCCUUCCUCCUCCCCAGCUCUCAUUCACCUCCACACUGCAGCCAAGGGAGGCCCGCCCUGCUGUGGGCUGCUGUCUGUGGCCUUGGGCAGGCAUGAGCAGGGGGGCCACGGGUUGCCCGUCCUUCCCCCACCCUGCUGAAGCCUCCCUCCCCCUUCACUGAGCCUUGGUUAAUUAUAACUCUGACCUAAGUGCCCUGUGACGUCGCGCCCAGGCCAGCCCUGCCCAGGAGACCCAGCAACCAGGUCCAUGUCUCAGCCAUGUUCCCCACGGAGGUGCCCCAAUCCCACCCAGGCCCCUCAGCACUGCUUCUGCUGCAGCUGCUGCUGCCCCCGACAUCUGCCUUCUUCCCCAACAUCUGGAGCCUGCUGGCUGCCCCUGGCUCCAUCACCCACCAAGACCUGACUGAGGAGGCAGCACUCAACGUCACCCUGCAGCUCUUCCUGGAGCAGCCGCCCCCAGGCCGCCCCCCUCUUCGUCUUGAGGACUUCCUGGGUCGAACACUCCUUGCCGAUGACCUCUUUGCUGCCUACUUCGGACCUGGGUCUCCUUCCCGACGGUUCCGAGCAGCCUUAGGUGAGGUGUCUCGUGCCAAUGCAGCCCAGGACUUCCUACCAGCUUCCAAAAAUGACCCCGACCUGCACUUUGAUGCUGAGCGACUGGGUCAGGGACGUACGCGUCUGGUAGGGGCUCUGCGGGAGACCCUGGUAGCAGCCAGAGCCCUUGACCACACCCUGGCCCGCCAGCGCCUCGGGGCUGCGCUCCAUGCCCUGCAGGAUUUCUACAGUCACAGCAAUUGGGUGGAGCUGGGCGAGCAGCAGCCACACCCUCACCUCCUCUGGCCAAGGCAGGAGCUCCAAAACCUGGCACAAGUGAGCGAUCCUACCUGCUCUGAUUGCGAGGAGUUGAGCUGCCCCGGGAAUUGGCUGGGCUUCACCCUCCUCACCUCUGGCUACUUUGGAACUCAUCCCCCCAAACCAUCAGGGAAAUGUAGCCAUGGAGGCCAUUUUGACCGGAGCAGCUCCCAGCCACCACGGGGAGGCAUCAACAAGGACAGCACAUCCCCAGGCUUCUCUCCUCACCACAUGCUGCACCUCCAGGCUGCAAAACUGGCCCUUCUAGCCUCCAUCCAGGCCUUCAGCCUUCUGCGAAGCCGCCUAGGAGACAGAGACUUCUCCAGGCUGCUGGACAUCACCCCAGCCUCCAGCCUGAGCUUCGUUCUGGACACCACAGGCAGCAUGGGUGAGGAGAUCAAUGCUGCCAAAAUCCAGGCUCGCCACAUUGUGGAGCAGCGGAGGGGCAGCCCCAUGGAGCCUAUGCACUACGUCCUGGUGCCUUUUCAUGACCCAGGGUUUGGCCCUGUGUUUACAACCAGUGACCCUGACAGCUUCUGGCAACAGCUUAAUGAGAUCCAUGCCUUGGGGGGUGUAGAUGAGCCUGAGAUGUGCCUGUCAGCCCUGCAGCUGGCCCUGCUGCACACACCACCACUGUCAGACAUCUUCGUCUUCACGGAUGCCUCUCCCAAGGAUGCCUUUCUCACCAACCAGGUGGAAUCCCUGACUCAGGAGCGGCGCUGCCGGGUAACAUUCCUGGUGACUGAAGACCCAUCAAGGGUUCAGGGCCGAGCUCGGCGUGAGGUCUUGUCCCCUCUGCGUUUUGAGCCAUACAAAGCAGUGGCCCUGGCCUCAGGAGGAGAGGUGAUUUUCACCAAAGACCAGCACAUUCAGGACGUGGCAACCAUUGUUGGGGAGAGCAUGGCUGCCCUGGUGACUCUUCCCCUGGACCCUCCUGUUAUGGUGCCUGGGCAGCCACUUGUGUUCAGUGUGGAUGGGCUGCUCCAGAGGAUCACAGUCCGGAUCCACGGAGACAUCAGCAGCUUCUGGAUCAAGAACCCUGCUGGAGUCUCCCAGGGCCAGGAAGAAGGCAUGGGUCCUCUAGGUCACACUCGCCGCUUUGGGCAGUUCUGGAUGGUGACCAUGGAUGACCCUCUGCAGACAGGAACCUGGGAGAUCCAGGUCACAGCUGAGGGCACCCCCGGGGUGAGAGUGCAAGCCCAGACCUCCCUGGACUUCCUCUUCCACUUUGGCAUCCCCAUGGAGGACGGACCCCACCCUGGCCUCUACCCACUGACUCAGCCAGUUGCAGGUCUUCAGACCCAGCUGCUGGUAGAAGUGACAGGGCUGGGUUCCAGAGCCAGUCCUGGGGAUCCUCAGCCUCAUUUCUCCCACGUCAUCCUUCGAGGGGUCCCCGAGGGUGCCGAACUAGGCCAGGUGCCCUUGGAGCCCGUGGGACCCCCAGAGCGAGGUCUCCUCGCAGCCUCGCUGCCGGCCAAGCUGCUGUCCACCCCUAGACCCUUCUCCCUGGAGCUGAUUGGCCAGGACGGAGUGGGGCGGCGCCUGCACAGGGCUGCCCCUCAGCCUAGCACUGUGGUCCCUGUCCUUCUGGAGCUUAGCGGCCCCUCGGGUUUCUUGGCCCCGGGCAGCAAGGUCCCUCUCAGUCUCCGCGUAGCCAGCUUCUCGGGCCCUCAGGAUCUUGACCUUAGGACAUCCGUCAACCCCAGCUUCUCCCUCACCUCCAACCUCUCCAGGGCUCACCUGGAACUGAAUGAGUCCGCCUGGGGCCGCUUGUGGCUGGAGGUCCCAGACUCAGCGGCCCCGGAUUCCGUGGUGAUGGUGACUGUGACUGCCGCGGGACGAGAAGCCAGCCCAGUGCCUCCGACUCAUGCUUUCCUCCGGCUCCUGGUGCUGGCCCCAGCCCAGCAGGACCAGCUCGCUGCCCCUACCCACUCACAUGACCCUAUCUUCACCACAGCCACCCCUGCCUUUUGCCCCUUCACAAUGAUGACUCAAGGCAGGGCUGGGGCAGGCCUGUCGGGCAGCCCGUGGUGGGGCACAGUUGGAGGGGUGCUGCUUCUGCUAGGCCUGGACUCCUGGUGACAAAACAGGUUCUACAGGGAUGGGUCUCCAGAACUAUUUUCAACCUGUCCACUGGUAAGAAGACCUGGGACACAUUUGCCAUAUAGGCCUUAGGACCUUACCUCUCCUAGAUUUUUUUUUUUUUUGAGACGGAGUCACUAU